AUGUUACCAUCAAUUGGUACUACAUUUAAUUUUACUUUCAAUGGUCUUCUCAAUACAAUGCAUGUAUCUGGAAUCUAUACUAUACAACCAGUCAUAGAUCAAGAUAUGAAAACAAUUAUUGGCUAUCGUAAUUGGCAAUUAUAUACAGGUGAAUAUAGUGGAAUAUUUUAUGGAGUUUCUUAUAAUAAUGGAACAUAUCUUCAAGCAUUAAUUGAUCCAAAUACACAAGAAUGUAAUAAUGUUUUUGCUGAAAUAGUGAAUUGUACUGAUUGGUUAAAUACCGAAAUUAUAAGAUGGGAUAAUCAAUGUUCAAUAGUUCGAGUUGAUUCACCAAUUUCUGGUGAAAUGUCAUUGACAUUAGAUGCAUCAGAGUGUGAUUUAACACGUCCAGAAAAGUUUAGUGCUACAGCAACUAUGUCUGGUUCACCUGAUAAAACAACAAUUACUUAUAGAUUUCUAUCAAAAAUUGAACAGAAAAGUUUUCCGUAUAUAAAAUGUUACUUUUAG